CAUGGAAGACUCGUCAAACCACCGCCGCCACAAGAGCCACCGCCACCGUCCCUCAACCACCACAACCACCGUGAGCACCACGACCGGCGAAUCGGACUGUGAGGUGGAGGAAGGGGAGGAAGGUGACCCUGAGGUUUGGGCCAACAUGAACCGGAGCUUCCGUCAGGUUCAGUCGGUGCUGGACCGGAACAGAGCUCUGAUCCAGCAGGUGAACGAGAACCACCAGUCUCGGAUUCCCGAUAAGAUGGUGAAGAACGUUUCGCUCAUUCAAGAGCUUAACGGUAACAUUUCUAAGGUCGUUUCUAUGUACUCUGAUCUUAAUUCCAACUUCACCAACGCCUGCCAGCACCGUUCCAAGAACGGUAACUCCCUCCGCCGCGGUGACAACUAAUAAUACUCAUAAUAAUAAUAAUAAUAUGUCUAUGCAAUAAUUAUCUAAACUCAAAACUGGCUUCUUUCUCUCACUAACUUUCUUAAUCGAUCUCUGUUCGCUGUCUCAGUGUUGUUGUCCAAUUGAGUUUGAUUUUGAUGCAUUAAAGGUUUUAUACAUUCAUUCAGUCACAUAAUUACCCUAAAUCAUUCACACGGUAGGUGGUUAUUUUUGCUCACAUUGCGUUCGUUAAUAGAAUGCAAUCAAUGCAUGCAUAAAUCUGGUUUAGACAAUGCAUCAAAAUUAAAUUUAUUUUAAAUUAUAUGGACCGAAGUUAAAAAUAGAAUAACAAAACAGCUACUUCCGAAUCUUCUCAUCUUUCUAAUCUCUAUAGUAAUUCAUGUCAUGCAUGCAAGGAUAGAUGAUACAAGUAGCUAGGUUAAGUCUUGUGAUAAUACACAUUUGUUCGAUUCUUGUAUCCAGAGUUUAAGGGCUAACAUGUUUACGUGGAGAGAAAAUUAAGAAGAUGAGAUGAUUAGUAUGGUGUCAAUGUGUCAUGUAUGUGUUAUUUUCUGUUGCUGAAGUUGAGCAACUGUGAUAGUAGUUUUGGGGUUUGUUUUGUCGUUUAUGUCAAGUAAGGACGGUGAAGGCGAAGCAUUGUAUCGUCCUCUUGACACUCUUCUCUCUCCGUCUUAUGUGUUUGUGAUCUUCUUCUUCUUCUUCUGCUAUUGAUGGCACUUUUGCUGGCCCUUGUAAGAAUAAUCAAGUUAGUAUGAUCUUGUUCAAGUUAACAGUGUCAGUGUUGUACUUGUACUUGUUGAAUGUAAAAUCAAUAAAAACAAAGUUAAUUUUCAAUCUGCAUUGCCAUAUUUUCAGUAUGCACUGACAUAUUAUGAUUGGGAAAAAAAGGUUUCAGAAAUUUAGAUUGUUCCAUAUGAAUUGUUAAUUCCCCAUAAAGUCGUACUAUAUUGCUGUUUCUGAAGAAACAAGAUAUGAGGGGAUUACAUACACUUUCUUUGCAUACCCCAUAUGACAUAGACAUAUUCAGGGUAGCCAUAACUGGUUACUGCUGAAUGCUUAAUAGAGUUCAAUUCACAUGAAUACAAAAAUCAUGUGUGUAAAAUUUGGAUAGAUAUGGCCUAUGGGCUUUAUCAUAUGCACAUGAGAAAGAAGAUAUUUUUCUUUUAGGGUAAAUCCCAAU